GGCCUAAGCUUUCGAUCCUAGCAGAAUCUUUGACUCUCUAAUAAAAUUUUAAAUUUAAAACAAGUCAACAUAGAUUUAGACCUAACUUCACAUUAUCAGAUUCAGAUAUUUUCCAACAUGUCCAAAGCGAAUUUUUUAUAAGUUUUAAUAAUAUUAAAAGUCUCUGAUACAUCAGAAUCUGCUGGAAAUUCAAAUUUCAGCUGUUUACAUUCAAAAUGUAACCUGUUAGUGUUGAAUGUUGGGUCGGGCCACUCAUUCGCAUAUACCCGGAACUUCCAGGCCAGUGCAAACCAGGAACUGACUACUACAAUAUACCGUAGUGAGGCAAGAAUGAAGAAACAUACGUCGACUGCACUGGAUACGGAAAAUCAUACCCGAAAACUACACCUCUUAAGAAAGAAAUGGACUUAUAGCAGCAAUGGAUCACUUUGGAAAUUAGCAUUUCUCCGCUGUCUAGGCUCAUGUGAAUACAAAGUAAUCGACCAUGUUGGGUCUCUCUAGUGCAAGCAACUGGAUCGUCUUUGUGUGCUACAUGGUCUUCUGUGUGAAUCAUAGCAUCUUGGUAACAUGGACGCAGAACAAGAAGAAAGGCUACAGUUACAAUGCAACGGCAGCAAUAUUACAUAUAGAUGCUCUUAAGCUUCUUGUAUCUACUGUUUUGGCACUUCAUAGAUUUUCUUUCCAUGGAGUUGUGAAAGAUGUUUUAAGGAAUACCAGAGUACUUGCUUUGUACUUCAUCCCUGCUUUUCUGUAUGCUGUCUUCAAUAAUUUGACCUUCCUAAACUUGACAAAAUUUGACCCAACAUCGUACUCCAUUUUGAUGCAGAUCAAGAUUGUGAUAUCAGGAGUUGUUUACCAGGUUCUCUUUGACAGAAAGCUAAGUGGCAAGCAAUGGUUAUCUCUUGUCUUCCUUAUGUUUGGUUGUAUGAUGAACCAACUGAAUCCAGCCUACUUUGCUUCCUACAAACCUAAUGGCACCAGUCAGCUCACAGAGGAUUCACAGAGCAGCCUUUUGACCUUUAACCCCGCCAUCAUCUUCAUCCUACUGCAGCUGCUAUGUUCAACCAUUGCAGGUGUCUACACUGAACUCCUCAUCAAGCACCAUAGCAAAGGUCUUGACUUAUGGAUUCAGAACAUCUUCAUGUAUUCCAACUCCAUCCUCUGCGGUCUCAUCUUGUAUGCAGCCUCGGGUCAACCGUAUCAAAAACUCUUUGUGCUGAUGGAAGGCAGCGCCUCCGCCAUGGACCGCUUCAAAGUGGGUGCUGUCAUUUGCAACAUGGCAGCCAUGGGCAUCGUCACUGCCAUCUUUCUAAAAACGCUCAAUUCAAUCGUUAAAAAUUUUGCCACUGCUCUGGAGGUCAUCAUGGCCAGUUUACUGUCAUGGAUAUUUUUUGGUAUUCCUGUAAAUCUGUUUACUGCCAUAGCCAUUCUAGUGAUCCUGAUAUCUAUUUAUGUGUACUCCAGAAAUCCGCUCGCUCAGCAACCGGUACUAGUUGAGCGUCGCAAAACAAAGGUUUCCGAGAGUGAUCAUGGAAAUGAACAUGUGUCUAAUGGGACAAAUACUGGCAAGCUUCAUUAACUUUGAAGGCAUUUAAUGUCAAGUUUGUAUAUCCAAUCAAAUAAAGUCACGAGGGUGAAGCGAUUGUCUUUUUUUCCCUAAAAAUUGAAUUCAAAACUGUUAAAUUAAGUUAUUCAUACAGGGUAUUAAUAGAAGUCCUUAUUGAAAUUGUAAGGAUUUGGAAUAAAAACUUACUUUCCUCAUCUAUCUCUUUUGAAGGAUGCACAAUAUUUUGACAUUUAUUUAUCACCAGGGGCCUCAUCUUACAAAGAGUUA